CUUCUCUUUCUCUGUCUCUUUUAUUAUCUCUCCCACCUCAACAAAUAUUUUUGAUUUGUUUUGUAACUGUUUCUUCUCUCUUCUUCUUCUCUUGAGAGAACUUUGCUUCUUCAAUCGACGACGAUUUUUAGGUUUUUUUUUUUAAGUGGAGAUGAGUAGUAGCGUGGAAGUAGUUGAAGUCACGAUGGAGAAAACAGUUGAGGCUGGCGGCGGAGGAAAGUUAUCACGGAGGAAGAUGCGAAAGAAAGACGGCGGAGGCGGAGGAGGAGGCGAUGGUUUGGUGAAGUGGGAGAGGUUUCUUCCUAAAAUCGCGUUGAGAGUUUUGCUCGUCGAAGCUGAUGAUUCGACUAGACAAAUUAUCUCUGCUCUUCUCAGGAAAUGUAGUUACAGAGUUGCUGCUGUACCUGAUGGCUUAAAAGCAUGGGAGAUGUUAAAAGGAAAGCCUGAGAGCGUUGAUUUGAUAUUAACAGAGGUUGAUCUACCUUCAAUAUCUGGAUAUGCUCUUCUUACACUUAUCAUGGAGCAUGAUGUUUGCAAGAACAUCCCUGUUAUAAUGAUGUCGACACAGGACUCGGUGAAUUCUGUGUAUAAGUGUAUGUUGAGAGGUGCGGCGGAUUAUCUUGUUAAGCCGUUGAGGAGGAAUGAGUUGAGAAAUCUCUGGCAACAUGUCUGGAGACGACAAACUCCACUAGCUCCUGAUUGCUUCCCAAUGGAUGAGAGUGUUGGACAACAGAAACCCGAGGGUGCUUCUGCAAACAAUUCAAACGGAAAGAGAGACGAGCAUCUUGUAAUUGGGAAUGGUGGUGAUGCUCAGAGCUCGUGUACAAGACCUGAGAUGGAAGGAGAGAGUGCAGAUGUGGAGGUCAACGCGAGAGACUCAUUACAGAUGGAGUGCGCAAAGUCUCAGUUUAGGGAGACAGUUCUAGCGAAUGAGAUGCAGAACUCGUCGAAAGAAGCCAUUGAUUUCAUGGGAGCAUCGUUUAGAAGAACUGGACAACGUAACAAAGAAGAAACUGUUGCACAAUACGAAUCUCGGAUAGAGCUUGAUCUCUCUCUGAGAAGACCAAACGCUUUUUCCGAGAACCAAUCUUCUGGAGACCGACCCUCUCUUCAUCCUUCUAGUGCCUCAGCUUUCUCACGGUACGUACACAGACCAUUGCAGACACAAUGCUCAGCUUCUCCUAUUGUUCCUGAUCAAAGAAAGAACGUUGCGCCAAGUCAAGAUGAUAAUAUUGUGAUAUUCAACCAAUACAAUUCAUCUGAACCGCUUCCAAAUGCUCCAAGAAGAAACGAUGCCUGCUUCUACACUGGAGAGGACUCACCAGGUCCACCAUAUAGCAAUCAGAUGAAUUCUUGGCCUGGACAAAGCUCUUACCCAACACCAAUGCCCAUCAAUAAUAUACACUUCAGGGGUCCUCCUAACACAGCGUAUGCAUCUGCAGUGGCUCCUACUUCAGUCUCCCCAAGUCCUAGUUCCGUUAGCCCGCAUGAAUACAGUUCCAUGUUUCACCCCUUCAACGGUAAACCCGAGGGUUUGCUAGAGCGGGAUGGUUCCAUGGACUUAGAUGAGAGAAGAUACGUCUCUUCUGCAACCGAACAUAGUGCAAUAGGCAAUCACAUUGAGAAGAAGAACGAAGACGGAUACUCGUCGUCAGUUGGGAAACUUCAGCAAUCUCUUCAACGGGAAGCCGCUUUAACGAAAUUCCGGAUGAAGCGUAAGGAUAGAUGUUUUGAGAAAAAGGUCCGUUAUGAGAGCCGGAAGAAAUUGGCAGAGCAACGUCCCCGAAUCAAAGGGCAAUUCGUUCGUCAAGUCCAAUCCACAGAGGCUCCUCAGUGAUCAAACAAAUUGAUAUACAUUAUUAAUACAGUUCAAUUUUGUAUCAACUAGGGGGAUUUUGUUUUCUCCGAUACAAGUGCUGUUCUUGUACACUAAUUCCACGUAGAUAGUGGGUGUUAGAUUUGGUGACACUCUUGUGUGUACUUGCAGCUUUUGAGUUUCUUGUUGAGUUUAGGUAGGAUCUACCCGUAGAUUGUAAUUACUACAUACGUUUGGAUUGUAGUUGUGUAAACUUGUUUGCAAGAAGAGUUAAAUAAUAUGGACAAAGCUCAGCCUUACCAACUAAA